AUGGCUAACCCAUUAGUGAAGUCUGUGCAAAGUGAUGCAACUGUUGUAGAUGCUAGCCGCGACUGGUCAGAGCUUCCUCGCAAGAUGGUUAGAGCAUUUGUCAGCCUUCUUGACUGCAACAUAGACCACAUGAACGUGGCCGCGCAGUGCACCUCCUGGCGAGAUGCGCUUGGCCACGACAUGCGCGCCCGCCAGCUGCCAUGGAUGCUUGUCCCGUGCGGGUAUGUUAUUGUCAACCUAAAGUCCCGUGUGCAAGAUAGAGAAGCAGCUUUUGCACAAAUCAUGAGGGAUUACUUUGUUGAUUGUUCUUUGUAUAGCGAAGAGGACUUUUGGCGACGGUCUCCUGUGUUUGAUAACUUCGCUGCUGGACAGAGACCACAAACUGAGUUCCAUGUUAAUGGAACCAAGUACAACAUGACUUAUUAUCUUGCCGACGGAAUAUAUCCUGAUUGGGCUACAUUGGUAAAAACAUAUAGUGAGCCAGUUAGCCAAAAGAAAAGAAUAUAUGCAGAGACACAGGAGUCAGCAAGGAAGGAUGUUGAACGAGCUUUUGGGGUGCUUCGGUCCAAAUUCAGGAUAAUUUAUAUAACUGCUAGGUUGUGGAGCCAUAGUGAUCUAAACAACAUUAUACGUGCAUGUGUUAUUCUACAUAACAUGGUGAUCGAAGAUGAAAGAAAUUUGUACAGCGAUCACCAGGAGUUUGAGAGGUCUUCAGACCCUCCAAUUUCUCAGAAUAGAGAUGUGCCAGAAAUUUCUCAGUUGAUUAAGUCGUAUGCAAAAAUUCGUGACAAGGUUGUGUCUAACAUAUUGCAAAAAGACCUCAUGGAGCAUAUUUGGCAACUCUAUGUUACAAAUAGACAAGGCCGAUAG